UUCAGAGAAAACUCCCAGAGGCAAGUCAACUAUUUGUAGUCGUCGUUCCCGGCUUCCCGCGGACAACAACGACAUCUAGAUGAGAUGGGUCCGUGUGCCCGCCCAGCUUAAAUUAAAUGCAUCAACAAGCCUGGGGAAUUCAAAUUCUGAUCCAAUAUGGAAUUCUUUAACACGGCCAAGGCUGUGAGGCUGAAGAGCCACCUUGACAAGUUCCUGGUGGCCGAUGAAGACCAACGCAGCGUCAGGCAAGGCCGUAAUGGCUCUUCAAACAAAGUUUACUGGACGGUGGAGUUGGUUGAAGGUAGUUAUCAUCUCAUCCGCCUGAAAAACUCCCACGGCGGCUAUCUCUCCGCCUCCGACGAGCCUUUCCUUCUUGGCAUGACGGGAAAGAGGGUGCUCCAGGCGCUUCCGAAUCCCGGGGUAAAAAGGUGUCAUUCUAUGGAGUGGGAGCCUAUAAAGGAAGGGUAUAAAGUGAAGCUAAGGACUAGAGGAGGGACGUACUUGAGGGCAAAUGGGGCAACGCCGCCUUGGAGAAACACCAUAACUCAUGAUCUUCCUUACAGAACCGCAACCCAAGAUUGGGUCUUAUGGGAUGUGGAUUUGGUGGAUUUAUCUGUGCUCCAGCAUUUGCAGAGUUACCCUUCCUCAUCCUACAACUGUUCUUCAUUACCCUAUGAUCAAUCUUUAAAUUCAAACAUCUCUCUCUCUCAUCAUCAUCAUGAGUUAGCCAGUGAGAGCCUCGGACUUUCACGCGUAGCUCACCGGCCUUCGUAUGCAAGUGAAAGACAGAGUGGAAUGGAAUUUUUCUACAAAGCCAAAGCGGUGAGACUUGAGAGUCAUCUAGGAAAGUAUUUGGUGGGCGAUGAUGAUGAAGAAAGCGUCCGGCAAAGCCGAAGCGGCGCGUCGCUUAACGCGCGAUGGACGGUGGAGUUUGUUGAAGGAAAAGACAAUGUAAUCCGGCUAAAGAGCUGUCACGGCCUGUAUCUUACGGCGGCAGAGGAGCCCUUCCUUUUGGGGAUGACAGGCAAGAAAGUUGUUCAAACUCUUCCCACCAACAAAACCCACGCGCCGUCUAUAGAAUGGGAGCCUAUAAAGGAAGGUUUUCGCGUGAAGCUCAGAACGGCGGAGGGGAAAUACUUAAGGGCUAAUGGAGCUACGCCGCCGUGGAGGAACUCCGUAACUCAUGAUCUUCCUAACAGAACCGCAACUCAGGAUUGGGUUUUGUGGGGAGUGGAUGUUGUAGACAUUGUUGUCUCAUCAGACGCCUCAGAUUCACCGGCUAGUUGCCUGUCCCCGCCGUCAAGUUUUAAUUCCGUUCUCGACGACACCGGAACGCCGCCUACCAGGAGGCCCCAUAUCAAAACCUGGGUAAUCCAGCCAAAAUAACAAGACAUUCAAACUUGUAAUUCAAUUGGUAACAUGGAAAAAGUUUGAGAGGAUAGACAAAAAAUCGAGUCUCAUCACUAACAUGAACAAAGGUCUAACCCUGUGUUCAGUGAUUUACAUCCUCCUAGAUGUGGGUCGGGGCAUGAUGACUAUUGGGGUUAGGCGGGAUUUACAUAACCAAAAGAGUCAUAGAAACUUGUAUCUAAAAAAACUUUGGGAUAUGGCAAUUUAUAUCGUGGACCACCAGAACGACGUCAUUUUGAUUUUUAUAAUUAAGGACUUUUCCGUUUUCCGUUCGGCCUUAACUUAUAAGAUAAGUUUUGUGCAUUUUGUGAUGAUAUUUUGUGCAUUCUGUGUAUUCAGGUCAGGGAUUUUAUACAUUCAUGUAUGUUAAUCACUUGGGUAGUGUAAAAUGAGUUAUGCUUAGGUUUUGA